ACCAGGUGUAUUAGAUCUUGUUAUCAUCAGUUGCAUUUUCUCUGUUAGUACCACUCCUGUACCUGGCAUCAUGUGCAUUUUGAGACUGACGGUGGUCACAUUGCUGGCUACAGCUUGCUGCACACUAACAGAUGGAGCAAUCAGCAUCACGUGUGAAGGCUCUGAUGCUUUACUGCAAUGUGAUGGAGGUAAGAUCCAUAUCAAGCGCGCGAACUACGGUCGUCGUCAACAGGAUGUGUGUUCUAUUGGGCGCCCUGAUAACCAACUCACAGACACCAACUGCGUCAGCCAAACCACCACCAGCAAGAUGGCAGAAAGAUGCAGUGGGAAGAGCGAGUGUAUUGUCCCUGCAUCCAAUUCUGUUUUUGGAGACCCCUGUGUCGGGACUUAUAAGUACCUGGACACCAAAUACUCCUGUGUCCAACAGCAAGAAACAAUAAGCAGCAUCAUAUGUGAAGGCUCUGAUUCUCAACUACUAUGUGAUCGAGGUGAGAUCCGUAUUCAGCGUGCCAACUAUGGUCGUCGUCAACACGAUGUGUGUUCCAUUGGGCGCUCACAUAAACAACUCAAAAACACCAACUGCCUCAGCCAAUCCACCACCAGCACAAUGGCAGAAAGGUGUGAUGGAGAGCGCCAGUGUAUCGUCAAGGUAUCCAACUCUGUGUUCGGUGACCCCUGUGUCGGAACCUACAAGUACUUGGAUGUGGCUUACAUCUGUGACUGAAUGAUAUCUUCCUGGUGAACCUGAAGAUGUACGAGGCUGCUGGGAUAUCUUCAUCAGGUUGUGCUGUUUUCCUCCAACCUCUAAAUCAACUUCAAUGACCAUUGUAAACCUGUGUAGAUGGUGCUGAACAAUUUCUGAACUGUGGUUGUUGGUCUGAAUUAAAUGAAUUUGCUUGAAGACUA